AUGUGUGAGCCAGCUGCACCGAAUACUAUGCCUCGUCCCCCAAGGUUCGACAUCUCACCAGAAGAUCUGGAAGAACAGGCGAAAGACCUGAUCUAUCACACCAAGCAAGCGACCACUCACCUGAUUAGCUCCUGUACAGAAAUUACCUCUGCCAGCUUCGAGAGUAUCAUUCUGCCCUUGGCUCGUAUUGACAAUGAGGUCAAAGAUCGAGUCCAAUAUCUGGCUCUCUUUCAAGCCAUUUCUACCAGCCCGAAGAUCAGGAAAGCAUCCUCUCAGGCGAUCAGUCUGGUGGACCAGGCUUAUCUGAAUAUAUUCCAGAAUCACAUACUCUUCAACUUGGUAAAUCAUGUACGAGAGAAUGAUACUUCUCUGCAUGUCAGGGGUGAAGAAGACAUCCGUCUACUUGAUAAAUUCCACUGGAUGUUUCUGGAAACCGGGAUGAACUUGAACGGCCCGACCCGUGAUCGGUUUACCUGGAUCUCUCGUCGCUUGAUCGAGCUUCGCGUCCAGUUUAUGGAGACUCUCGGCUCGGAUCCGGGCUGUCUUUGGAAGAGCGAACAGCAGCUAGCCGGAGUGCCAUUACAUAGACUGCCGACCGGAGCGGGCGGAAACAAUCGGGAAGGCUUGUAUCAAAUCCCUCUUACCAGAACAAUCGUUAACCUCAUUCUGGCCGAGUGCCAAGUCCUCGACACCCGCAGGGAAGUCUACUUAGGGAGUAAUUCCCGAUACCAGGCUAAUGUGGAUAUUUUUCGCGAGAUCAUUGUGCUGAGGGAUGAGGCCGCUCGUCUGUUAGGGUUUCCUUCCUUCGCAGCGCAAAAGCUUACGCGGCAGAUGCUGGGCUCGCCGGGCCGCGUCAAUGAGUUUCUGGAUUAUCUUCAGGAAGCUUUACAGCCACUGGCUGAGAAGGAGAUUGCAGAGCUGCAAGGGCUGGCGAAAAUCAAUGGCCCCAUUCACCUAUGGGAUUUUGAAUUUUACCACACAAGGAUGCUACAGGAGCAAAACCAGGUGGACCAUGAAUACAUCUCACAAUGGUUCCCCGCCAAAGUGACUAUUCAGCGUAUGCUCGAAUUAUACGGAGAACUAUUCAGCUUGCAAUUUAAGAAAGUAGAGGUCUCGACCAGCUCUCAAACUUGGCAUCCAGACGUGGAUUUAUUCUCCGUUUGGGAGAAACAGGAGUCUCAGGCUACUCCGAGUCUGAUCGGAUACCUGUACACUGAUAUUUUCCCUCGUUCUGGAAAGUAUAACCAUGCAGCUAACUUCAACAUAUACCCUAGCUUCCUAGAUACAGAUGGACGACAGCUACCAGUUGUGACAGCUCUCGUGUGCAAUGUUUCUCAGGCAGAGCUAGCGCUUCUGAGACACGCAGAAGUUAUUACAAUAUUCCAUGAACUGGGGCAUUGUAUACACGAUUUGGUGGGUAAAUCUAAGUAUGCCAUGUUCCACGGCCACCGCACUGUGACGGACUUCACCGAAGCACCUAGUCAAUUACUAGAAUACUGGUGCUGGAUCCCCGAAUGCCUUCAAAGACUCAGCUGUCAUUAUUCCUACAUCUCUCCAGAGAAAUACAGCCAUUGGUUGAGUGCUCAAGAAAAGAAAGAUACCACACAGCCUCCCAAGGAGUUUCCUCUUGCGCUGGCCCGGAAUCUUGGCGAUGCUAAGCAGCUCAACCAAGGAAUACUCACUCUUCGACAGGUCGCGUUCAGCAGAUUCGACAUGCAGAUUCACAAUCCAGAUACCCAUCAAGAUAUUGAGACAAUGAAUAUCUCUGAAAUUUACUGUUCAACUCUGGAAACCACAACAGGUCUGAAUGGCCCAGGAAAUGGCUAUAAUUGGGGUCACGGGCACGCCACGACUUCGCACUAUGUGUGGGGCCAGGAGGCAUCUUACUACUCAUACCUGUAUACUCGGACAUUAGCAGCGGACAUGUGGUCAUCGGGCUUCAAGGAAACACCUAUAAGCCAACAGGCAGCCAUGAAGUAUCGACGUCAGAUUUUGGACCAUGGCGGUAGCAAAGAUGAGCACAAGGCAGUGGAGGAGUUGCUGGGAAGGGCUCCGACCUCGGAUGCAUAUUUGCAAGACCUUGGUUGCAAGGUUCUCGCCACUUCGGCUUGA